AUGUGUUCAAUUAUCCGAGAGGGAGUGGUUGCUCAUGACCCAUACUUCGAGUGCAAGAAGGAUGCCCUUCGCAAGCUUGGAUUCUCCUCUUACCAGAAAUGCACCGCGGCCAUCCGCAUGCUCGCAUAUGGAAUUCCAGGCGAUCUGGUGGAUGAGUAUGUGCGUAUGAGUGAGUCCACAUGUCUGCUGUCACUGUACAAGUUCGGCAAGGCCGUGGUGGCAGUGUUUGGCCCUGAGUACUUGAGGCAGCCAACUGCCGCUGAUACAGAGAGAUUGUUGGCGACCAACGCAGCUAGAGGCUUUUCAGGCAUGCUUGGCAUCAUAGAUUGUAUGCACUGGGAGUGGAAGAGCUGUCCAUUUGCUUGGCAGGGCCAGUACAAGGGGCAUGUCAAAGCAUGCACUGUCAUAUUAAAAGCGGUGGCUUCGCAGGAUCUUUGGAUAUGGCAUUCUUUCUUCGGCAUGGCAGGUUCUCACAAUGAUAUCAACGUGCUGCAGCGUUCUCCAGUCUUCGCAAGGCUUGCAGAAGGCCACUCCCCACCUGUCAACUUUGGGAUCAACGGCCACCAAUACAAAAAGGGGUACUAUCUAGCUGAUGAUAUAUAUCCUCAGUGGUCAACUUUUGUGAAGACAAUCUCGAACCCCAAGUUGAGAAGAGAAAGAGAUUUGCCCAAAUGCAAAAGAGUGUUAGAAAGGAUGUGGAACAUGCUUUUGAUGUGCUUCAAUCCCGAUGGGGUAUCGUUCGAAACCUGCACUGUCAUGGGAUGA